AAACCAGACCAUUACAGAGUUCUUCAAACCAGUUUUAAACAAAGACAGAACUGUGUUGUGUUCACCAGGCAGAGGAAAUGUAAAAGAUGCAGGAAUCGGACUGUCAGUUUUAUGCGCUGAACGUUUUGAAAAGAAAGUGUCUUCUCCAAAGAAGAUCAGAAGAAAAAAGAUGCCAGACCAAACACCACGCACAAGUCCUGUGAUAGAUGCCUUUCGGAGAGGAUUUAAGGAGAAAAAGGACAGUGAAAAAAGUACUAUGUUGCCUUCUGUCCAUCACUUAACACAAACAAAAGGUGUGAAAUCUCAUCUCCAAGAUGCUGCCUUAUCUCAGGUAUUGAAUGCUGCGGAAGAGCAAGAUGGGAAAAGACCAGAAAUACGUGCACACGAUAAAGCUUGCAGUAUUCAAUCCAGCAACAGUAUUUCAAAAGCAAAUGAGAAGACUUCAGAAAAUGCUUCUGAUUCUUGUUCAGUGGAAGGUUCUGGGAAGCUUGCGCUCUCAGAAGAGACUGGUAGAAGUGUUUUCUGUUCAUCGUCUUUUAAAGAAGAGUGCAUGGACAGUGACCAUAUGUCUUCACAACUCUCAGAAGAGUUAAAAGUUGAAAGCACCUGUACAGACAAGUCCAAGUUGAAUAGAAAAUCAAAAAGCAGCUUUGAUAGUGAAGAUGAGAAUUUGGAAUGCAAUCUAGAUGAUGAUGAUGAUGGUGAUGAAGAAGUAUUCAUGCCGCUGCAAGAAAUUCUCUCCUCAAGUCCCAAGCCACAGGCAGGGGCCCUGGAAGGAUCUGAUCUUGACAGUUUUUCUCAGGACACCGUGACACCAUUACUGAAGCUUCAUCUUUCUAAGCCUCCUGUUGUCAGCCAGGUGUCAUACGUGAACAGCUUAGAACAUCUCUUGAAGGAGAAAGAAGAAUCUAAAAGGGUAGAUGAACUAGAAAAGCGGUUACAGGAAGACAUACAAGGAGGGAAAACUGAUUCUUCAGAUGGAGAUGAUGAGGAUAAUGCCAGUGGAGAUGAAGGUCUCUCAGAAGAGCACAGGGCAUUUAUAAAGAGAUUUUCAGUAAUAGCUCAUGCCAUACCUGACUACCACCCUGGAGAAGAUAUAUUUGAUUUAUCAGCCUCUGGGAAAAUCUUCAGUCAACAUAACCUUGACUUGAAGAAUUAUAAUUUCAUCCCUCAAAAUCCUAUAGAAAAUCUCCUUCUUAGUUCUGGUGUAACACAGCAGCUUUCUUUAGCUACUAAUGGUUUUCUAAGUUCUGCUUACAGUUGUAUCUUGUGUCCCAUUCCAAUUCUAAAGUGGCUUUUCCAGAUGAUGUCUGUUCAUCCUGACUACUGUGUUUCCACCCAGAUUUUAGACAGACUGAUGGAGAUAACACUAAAAAACGCUUCCAUCAGUGAUGAACAGUCUAAACCAUGGAUUCCUUCACUAGCUGAUGUGUCAGCUGUUUUUGUCAAUAUGGGUGUUGCGUUUAGAUCUCUCUUUCCGUUGCAGCAUCUUCAGCCCAACUUUAACGAGCGUGAUAUUUUAAGUCAGAUACAAGAAACAGUGAGUCAGCAACAGCCAAGAGGAGACCUAACAUCUGCUAGUCCAACCUUCUCCAGUCUACCAGAAAACAAUUUAAUUAAUGUGAUUAAGUUUCUAGGUUUCUGUACAACAGUAAUUCAAGGUGGAUAUACUGAUCAAGAAAUAUUGCUGCUGCUUCUAUUGCUAUUUAAAAUAAGCUUGGAGAAACAGUUAAAGCAAAUUCCUUUGAUAGAUUUUCAGUGCCUUUUCAUAAAGCUUCUGAUAGAUAUAAAAGACUGGGACACAAAGAUGCCUGAGCUCUGCCUGGCAAUGAGUGAACUCACCAGUCAUCACCAUAAUCUCCUGUGGCUGGUUCAGCUGGUGCCUAGCUGGAUAAUACGUGGACGAGAAGUAAGAAGACGUCUUAGCCUAGUGAUAAUUUCAAAGCUGCUUAAUAAAAAGCAUAUAGAAAUACCCGAUGACAGUGACAAGCAGAUGUCUCUUCUGCAUCAGUUUCUGGUGUACAUGAAGCCUUCUAAUCUACUAAAGAAGAUGAGGGAAGGACUGGAGCAGCAGAAUGCCGAUGGAGACCACCUUCAUACAGAACUAGAACAGGAGGCAUACUACCUAAUCUACGUCCUCCUUCAUCUAGUCAGUGAAGCUAGUUUCUUCGACGUUGUAAAUUCUAAUCAAAGGCAACACUUAGUGAAGCUUUGUGGCACCUUAGAUAAGCACAUAAAAUGUGAUAUCAGGGAAGAUGCAAGGCUGUUUUAUCGAACUAAGGUAAAAGAUUUAGUUGCUAGGAUAUAUGGAAAAUGGCAAGACACGAUACAAACCACUCGGCCUACUCAGGGAAAACUGCAUGACUUCUGGGAGCCAGGUUCAUGA